AUGAUGUCGGCGGUGGGCGGCCUUGAGCGGUCGAUGGCGUCGCUGGAGGAAGUGGAGCUUCCCAUCGACAGCCCGCCGCUGGAGGAUCCGGACAAGGACGUGGCGAUGGCAGAGCCCGGCGCAGUCGCGGAGAUCCUGGCGGGGCUGAACGCCGCCAUGGGACCUUUGCGUGUGGAGGCAUCGGAAUCGACGGCCACUGCACCGGAGCAAGAGCUUUCCUUAGAGGAUCUGGAGGACCGCGUGCUCCUGCAUAAGGUCUUGGUGAAUCAGCUCCGUUCCGACUACGAGGCCCGCUUCGAGCGUAGCCAGGCCUUGCAGCAGGCGCUGGCAGCGCUGGGAACGGAGCCACAGGAGCUUCAGGUGGGAGUGGUGCAAGCCCGGGAUGCAGCGGCGCAGCUGCGGCGGGAGGGUGACAAGGCGGCCAUGUGGGCGGAAGAUGGCCUUGCACGAAGCUGGCGAUUGUACGAGUCACGCCGGCAAAGCCAUGAAGUGGCCCAGUGCCUGGCCAAGGAGACCAGCGUGGACCUGGAAGCAUUGAGGCGGUCCAAAGGCCACGUGUCUGAAGAAGUGGCGGAAGAGGUCUUGGUGGAGCAGAGGCAGCGGAUCGAGGCCCUGAAGCUGGACGCCCGGGCGCAGGACGAGAAGCUUCUAAGCUUGCGAGCGGACCUCUCCAGUGUUCUGGACUUCAUUGUGCGCGUGCACAUCGACCAGCAGGGUGGAGGCUCGAGGCGCAUCGUGCGCCACGAGCUGCUUCCGGCAGAGUUUGCCCGGGUGCGCUUCAGCGAGCUCGGUGAGGCUCAGUUGCAGGAGCUGGUGAAGCGAUACGAGGCCUGCUUGAUGGGCGACCCGAGCGAGGCGUCCGCUGGUGCGGUCGGAGGAGGCCUGGCAGCCUCGACGCCGUCAGCGAUGGCGGCCCCUCUCCAGCGCCGGCCUCCGCCCCCUCUUCCCAGCCACGAACCAGCGAGCAGCUCCUUCGCUCAGGAGAGGCAGCUGCUGCGCUCGCGCCUCAACGACGAGAUGCAGAAGGUUGCAGCGAUCCUGGCGAGCGACUCCACGAUGCCCAGCGCGGGCUACCCCACCAGCCAGGACUGCCAGCGAGAGGAGCUGCUUAGAGCCGCAGCAUGGGGGGAGGUCAGAACUGUCAAGGAGCUGCUCGCCGUUGGUGCUGGAACCAGCUCAUCGGCUCUUCGAGGCCUCAACACCCCGACAAAGCAAGUGGAGGCUGUGUCCAUUGACGUGGUGUUGUGCAAAAGGUGUUUGUUCCUGUGGCAAUAA